UGUACCGAUAUCGCCGAGGUGUCGGUGGAUCAAUGCAAAUCGCGAUAUGAGCAAAUGCAAUCGCGAGCAGACAAAACAAAAUUCGCAAACAAGUUUUCAGCUGAAUUCUUUGCUUGUGAUGCAACAUUGGUGCGUCUACGCGAGCGUUACAAGGAUAAGUCGCUGAAAUUGAAUUUGGUUUCAUGUCAAUUUGCAUUUCACUACUCUUUUGAGUCACUUACUCAAGCAGAAUGCAUGGUACGCAAUGCAGCCGAAUGUCUGCAGCCAGGUGGUUAUUUUAUAGCGACCAUACCGGAUGCAAAUGAAAUAAUGCGCCGUUUGCGUCAGUCACCAAAUGCUCGCAGUAUCGGCAAUGAGCUUUACAAAAUCGAGUUUACAUGUGACACAGAUCCACCACCACUUUUUGGUGCUAAAUAUCAAUUUCAUUUGGAAGGCGUAGUCGAUUGUCCAGAAUUUUUGGUACACUUUCCAACUUUGGUAAAACUGUGUCGUAAACAUGGCUUAAAACUUGAACGUAAAACGACUUUUGCUGACUACUACAAGGAGUCUUUGGAAAAGGGUCGACAGCUACUACAACGCAUGAAUGGCCUGGAAACUGUGUAUCCAAAUCGCUGUUGGAAAGAUCCCGAGUUUCGGCAUUUAAAAAAUAACGGCAGUCCAUCAAAGCCCGUGGGAACGCUUUCCAAGUCGGAAUGGGAAGCUACAACACUGUAUCUAGUAUGCGCCUUCCGUAAAUGCAAGAAUACAUGGGACAACGAGGGUAAACCUGUGUUUGAGUUCGACUAGGUUCUCAGUACAAUUAAACAAGGGAAUUCGAUAAAUGUUUUCAUAGGAAUUUUAGUGCAUGCAUUAUAAAUAAACAAAAUAAAGAUAAAACGUAUUUAUUUUACACGUGUUAAAUUAGUUGUAACUGUUUAUUUAAUUGAGACAGUUCAAUUACAUAUUAGUUAAAAUU